AUUGGUUGGUGCGGGUUGGUCAGACCUCUGGUGCGGCGCUGGCCCGGGGGCUCUGUAUACCUAGCGUGGGCGAGGCUGCCGGCGACUGGUAAUCUACAGGGGAGCGUGAUUUUGCUCACUCAGAUGAGUGCGCUUUCCUUAGGGGAAAGGGGUCGGCUGUGCUGCCAGGGGCUUAGAUUUGCGUGGAACAGGGGCCGUGAUGCGUCCAGUUCGUUUCCAUCUUAUCAAUGGGCUGCCGGCGGUGGCUGCCUAUGGUGUAUGGAUCGUUCUUUAGCCAUUCGCCUCGGUACGGCGCUCUGAUCAAGAUAGCGCAGAUUCUGACAAUUCAGCAUGCAAGUAGUGGUAGGAUGUACGCGAGUGUGGGUCAUGCCAUUAUAGCAACAUGGCCUGGAGUUGCAGGAUAUGGAAUUCGAUGCCUGCGAUCAGUUCAGGCUAGAGCUCUGUGGUUUGCGUAGUGGAAAAUUCCUGACUCAACUGAUAUAUCCAUUCGGUUUUGUGUCUGCCUUAUGUGUGAUGAGCAAAUAUUAACCCCUUCAAGUGGUUCAAUCUGAAAUAGGAAUGAAGGGGUUCCAUUGAAUAAGAAACACGGUUUGGCUUAUCCGUUCUCAUGAAUUAAUGCUCUGUAAUGAGCAGAGCAGUUACCCUCUGGUAGCACGGUCCAGUUUCAGCAUUUAUAUUAGGUUCUUGCACUCUGAGCAGUUCUUGAUAAUAUCUAUCUUUCUUAUAUCCUGCAAAUUGCUUCAAGUGUUUGACUAACUUGUGUGUUCCUCGUCUGCUUUGCUUUCGGUCCUUGCUGCUGGAUGAUUCUGUCAACUUACUCUUGGCGUGUGUCUUUACAGUGCUCGCUGGACUUGCGUGUAUGUUCUCCACGAGCGUUCUGUUGCAAAUCCUGGCAUGUGCUUUGUACAACAACUGGUGGCCUAUGUUAGCAGCACUCAUGUAUAUCAUUGUGCCAAUGCCAUGCCUGUUCUUUGGCGACGGAUCCACACGGUUCUUGAGUAGCGGAGAGGGUGGAGCGUGGAUGAAAGCAGCCAAGUUCCUGACCGGCAUGUCUGCCAUGGGAAGCCUCGCAAUCCCGGCGAUCCUGAGGCACGCUGGCCUGAUCGAGACGGGGGCCAUGUUCAUCGAGUUCACCUCCUUCUUCAUCCUCGUGUGCACGGUACUGUGCUUCCACAGGGCCACCCUGGACGAGGAGUGGUAAAGGCUCGCGCAGGACCACAAGGAGUGCCUGAGAGAAGAAUGCCUGUUAGGAUGUCGAAAAGAAAUCCCUUGGUGGGAGGGAGCUAACGUGGAACUGUGUGUACAAAGAAGCGUGCUUCAAGCGCUUGACUACUGUAUUUACGUAUACGCGUACCCGAGAUUCGGUAAUCUAGUUGGUAAUCCGUGCUGAACAGGUCGUGUAAAGCAUAUGUGAUUCGGCGGCGUUGAUGGACGCGAAGCAGUCUUGCUGUGGUUGGUUUGCCACUUGUGCAUCCAGAAUCUGCACUUGGAGCAUGGUACAAACUAUUGGAUGGAAUGAAGUGACAAGAUUUUGUUUA